CACAAAACAAGGUGUGACUCUGAGACUUUCACACGCACACACACACACACGCACACAAACACACAAACACUUUCACACACACUGACACACAGAUCACUGCUGUCUGGAUUCACAUCUAUAACACAACAUGAGCACACAGACCAAAUCCGUUGUGAUGAACACAGACAGCGGCAAGAAAAGAACCGUCCUGAAAGACAACAGCUGGAUCAGAAGAAACGCCGAGGAGGACGAGCCCGUCGAUUAUGAUCCUAACCCUGGUAAAUUAGUUCUGGGUCAGCGGAAAUCAAGGGAAGAUGUUGACAGCAAACCGCUGGAGGACGAUCAAACCUCAGCUAACUCUGGGACAUCCAUCAGCAACUUAACCAAGAGGUUCGGUGGCAGUCAGGAGCUGCUCAACAAAAGCAGCAGUGUAAACACUAAGAGUGGAGCCGUCUCCGUCACAUCACCCUCCAAACCUCCAGUCCCUGUCAGGAAUCCGGCGCUCAAGACUCCCAACAGCUCCAGCUUCACAGCGAGAGUGUUCUCCGGAGCAAACACCAGCAGCAAACCGUCAAGUCCUGUUAAACGCACGUUUGGUGAGAAGCUUCCGGAGGUCACAGCGUCUCAGAACACAAACGGAACACAGGUCAAGACGGUUUCUACAGAGAUUCCCGCUGCAUCACUGACCCUGCGCUCUCCUCUACAGACGCUGGAGUCCAGCAGAACACAGGUCAAGACGGUUUCUACAGAGAUUCCUGCUGCUUCACCGACCCUGCGCUCUCCUCUACAGACGCUGGAGUCCAGCAGCGUCUCGUCGUCCCCAGCUCCUGCAGCCGCGUCCACAUUCGGCAGCGGUGUGAAGAGUCCAGUGAUCCAGCCGGCCGUGAAGAGCCCAAGCAGGAGUGAAAGUGUGUCCGUCUCAUCGCUGGUGUCCACGUCCUCCUCACCGUCGGCUCAAACCAUCAUCACAAACACCAAAACAUCCUCCUCGAUGCUGGAAGAGACUCCAAAACCUGCGGAGAAACCCUCAGUGGACCUGAAGCUCAGUGACAUCAGUUAUUCUUCAGCUCGCUCUCCGUCGUCUCCAACGGCUGUGACUCUGAACACACGCUACAGCUAUCACACUCCCAGCGCGCCGCUGGACGAUCUUGCUGACACUUUAUUGCCGACCCGAUCUGGAAGCGUUCAGUCACAACCUGUCCGAUCACAAACACAGGUCAAGACGGUUUCUACAGAGAUUCCUGCUGCUUCACCGACCCUGCGCUCUCCUCUACAGACGCUGGAGUCCAGCAGGACGGUCAGCAGUCGGGAUGUUUGUACGGUCUGUGGGAAACCCAUCGCUGGAUCAGAGAAGAUGAUUCUGGAAGAUCUGAGGAUCAUCAGCCACACGUCCUGCUUCAGGUGCGCAGUGUGUCGCUGUGAUCUCGGCGGUCUGGAGGCAGGAAAGUCUCUCUGGGUUUAUCGGGAGCGAGUGAACUGUGCAAACUGCUUCAGUAAAAUCAGAGGUCAGUGGUAUAUUUGAGACAAACGGGCAUCAAUCUACAUGGAGACACUGAAUAUGAAUAAAGAUGAUAAUUCAACACAACUGAUCUCAUAAAUUACAGUUGAUUAUGAUAUAAAAUGGCAUAAGGAUACGAGGCAUGCUUUAUAUUAUAUUCCUGAGGAAAAUGUUUACAGGAUUUAUAUUGUAAUGCUUUCUAGAGGUUUUUAAUGGGCAAAGCUUUGAUAAUUCAUGAAUUAUUCACAAAUAUGCAAAUGCAAUCUGUUCUUUCAAUUUCAUUUGAGUGUAACUGACAUUAAUGUUCAACUGUAAACAUGAUAUACACAUAAUAAAACUAUAUUCUGAUUCUGACAA